UUUGCCACUGUUGACAUCUAAGAGCAGAAUCUGUCUAUCAAAGUUAAGUCUACCGAUUGAAUUCCCGCAUUUUUUUUUGGACGGAAAAGUGUGGCAGGCAGUCCGCCAGAUGGAUUCCAACCCGUCUCAAGCCUGGUCCAGCCCUUCCGAACACUCUCAGCCUUGGACUGACCCUGCCGCUGCCAAUGAAGUAUUGGAUAUUAAGCCCAUGGCCCAAGUAACCGUGCCCAUGUCCGCCGCUCAAGCUUCAUCCGUGAUGAUUCAAUUUAACCCGCUUGACGAGUCAUCCACGCCCUCCGAACCCACGCCCCGAGUGCCGAUGAUGGAGCCGCUACAGGCCGAGGAGUUUCCUUUUGGUGAUUUUCAGUUUUCGGACGCGCAAUCGGACACUUUAUACGUGCCCAGCCAAACUUCGCAAAUGGGUAGCACUUGCUUUAGCGAGUAUACGACCAUGGAGAGUGAGAGUACGACGGAACCUCGCAAUAGGUUCGAUGAUAAUGAGACUCAAAUGCUCAACAUGGACGAGAUUGAGGAAGGAGAUAUUCCCAUAUCUUAUCACAAUGCCCUAAUCUUGAAUGAGACCUAUCAAAACUCUGUAUUAGAGGCGAUCGAGAUCUUAAAUGUGGCUUUGGAGCGGAAUCACAGUCGCCAAGAGGAAUUGACGUUCGAAUUGGGCGAGCUGCAGAAAGGCAACGUUACCGCAAGAGUCCAAUCGAAUUUGGGUCUAAACGACAAGCGACAAAUGAACGUUUUCAGCGCACCUUAUUUCAAGGAUGAGAGGCUAUUUAGCCACCCUCCAAAUCGGGAUUCCAUUCGAAAAAAAGCCAACCGUGAACUCGAUCCCUAUCUAACAAAUCCAAAGGAAUGGACACACACUGAAAAGAAGAGCCUGCUGUUAGCGGUGAAAGAAGAUGCGCUGAGAGAGAAAAUGAGCCGACCAAUGGCCCACUGGGAGCAUCUGUUAGGCGAAAGCGAGAAAAAAAAUCUCAAACCUGAGCGGAAAACUCAACUCUUGAUGGAUCUUCGAGAGGCCAAGCGGGAAAUCGAGCGGAUAAAAUGUCUUAGUGAGGAUGAGCUCUUCCAUAACCGGGAAGAAGAUUUCGAUUGGAUGCGAAUCUCUGUUCAAGCCUUUCAGGGAAUGAUCUCACCCAAGAGUUGUGAGUUGAUGUGGAAAAAUAUGCUUCACCCUACAAUCAAUCGAGCGUCAUGGACUCAAGAGGAAGACAAUUUGCUCAAGCAUUUGGCCGAUACUCACCAUCGAAUGGAUUGGGAUCUUAUUGCACGAGAAUUAGGCACGAAUCGCACUGGAUUCUUAUGCUGUAUGCGCUAUCAGUUGAAGUACAACCAGGCUUUUGAGAAACGAAGAUGGACGGUGGGGGAAGAUCGUAGACUGAAACAAUUGGUGGCAAAGUGUCGGAUCAACAAUUUCAUCCCUUGGACCAAAGUGGCCUACUAUAUGGAAGGAAAAACCAAAGACCAAUGCUAUCAACGAUACUUUUUUUCCUUAACGGAUGGCCUCCGUACCGGAGCCUUUAGCGAGUCUGAGGAUUUCCUGAUUUAUGCCGCCGUCAAGCUCUUCGGCGAACAAUGGCGACUCAUCUCGGAUUAUAUUCCGUUCAGAAAUGCCUCUCAAAUCCUGGCGCGAUAUCAAAACGUCCUGUCGGCGGAUUUGAGAUCUUGGAAAAAGGAGGACGAUCAACGUCUGUUGGAGGCGGUCAAGGAAUUGGGUACCAAGGAUUGGGUGAAGGUGGCUGAGCGGACUCCGGGCAAGAGCCGAUUACGAUGUCGUACGCGGUUCUUUGCGAUCUACAAGCAAUUCAUUAAAGAUCCAAAUAAGUUCAAUUUGGGCCACGGGCGAGUUCCCAGGCAGGUUACGGCCCGUAGACAAGAGAAAUUGUUUCAUCGGUGGAAGAUCUGCUUGGAAGAGUUUUUGGAUAAGUAUCGCGAUAUUCAAGGUCUUCCCGAUCAAGUGGAAUCACCUUCCGCAUCAGAGCCCAAAUCAGGUUUUCGAACCACGCCGGAAGGGGUAAAAAUCCCAAUUGAUGCGGUGGAAAAAUUCAUGAGGGACCUAAGCACUGAGCUUCGGUACAAGGAUGUGAUCAGCUCAGUGACAGAACCAAUGCGAAAGCCAACAGUUCCAUCGUGUGAGGUGUUGGGCAUGGUGGCAUCCCAACCAAAAUCCAUGAUUGUGGUUCAAAAUCGUCUGGGCAGGAAAACGGUGCAAGCGAAAAGAGGUGUGGGAAGACCCUUGGUUCCAUUGGAAAUGCAGAGGGGUACAUUGGCGAAACGAAUGAAGACUGGACUGGCUCUUUUCAUGAGACCCUCAUGGGAUAUUCGGCGGCCCAGCCGGCGAUUUCGAGUCAUCACGGAGGAAGAGUAUGGGCGAUUUGGCCAAGCCAUGUUCAACAUGGGAAAAGUUUUGCGAUGCAACCAAAGCUUGGAUUUCAACCGAACAAUACCCGAAAACACCAUGGACCCACCUGACGAGCACAUGGAACUCGUUUUGGAACAUUAUAGGCAUUUGAUUGACGGGGGUAAACUCCCUGUUGUGAGCAACGAGUCUGUUGUUGGACCACCGUCGCCCAAACGCUCCAAAAAGCGAACUUAUGGUAGGAAAACCCCUAAUCUUGUAACCCCAAAAUCGAGUGGCCAAGAAGAGCAAUCUACUUCCGCUUCAACAUCGUCCAAAGGAAAUCCUAACGGCUUACCGGAUCUGACCAUUUUGCCGCCGAACCUCGCUACUCUUGUUGGAUUCCGUGGAAUGAGCCUUUACAAUCGAUAUUUACAAAAAAGGGCCGCUCCCGAGGAAAAUGUUUCCCUUAACGUUGACUUCAAAUCGUUGAUUACGGGCGGGAUCUAUCAUCCUGAUGUAAUUAUGUCAGCCGCCAAAUUCGAGAGCGCUCCAUCUACCUCGGUUUCCGACAUUCCUGUAGAAUCGUCGAAUACGGAUGCAGAUGCUAUUGAAUCCGAGGCCGAUCAGCUGUUGUUCCAACGAUUCAAAGCCCUCUUUUUGUGGCCAGCCAUUAUGGCCUCUUUGAAGAUUCCGUUUGACCUCUCCGCGAAGGAUAAUUUGUUUGGGAGCUUAAAUGAAGACAGUGUGAAUGCAAACCUUGGUGAUAGUCGACCCCUUUCGGCCGAGAAUCCCUUCGACCCCACCGAGAUCAUUGAGCAAUCCAGCCAAAGUCCUCCAACUCGAAAAGUGCGCGUAAUCAAUCGGCCUAAAACAAAGGCGACCCCUCGCCCUAAACCCACCAAGAAGCGGACUCGUGAUGAAGUUAACCAAUCCGAAGAUAAAUCCUCGAUUGACCUCAAGUAAAGUGCCUCAGAGGUGGACCAAAAUUCAUCAGUCUAGUUUUGAAAGAGCCUUUUGAUAUCGUUUCAAGAUUGCAUUCAAAUCAUUUUGUUCACCAAGAAGCGGACCCGUGAUGAAGCUAACAAUACGAAGAUAAAUCCACGGCUGACCUCAAGUAAACUGCCUCCGAGGUGGACCGAAAUUCAUCAGUCCAGUUUUGAAAGAGCCUUUCGAUGUGGUUAAAAGAAUACAUUCAAAUCAUUUUAUUUUAA